CGAAUCACCGAGAAUGUUCAAGGUCCAAAUCAUAAUGUCUAAGUAGUUGAAAGAUGAAUUCAUAGAGAGUUACUCUCUUCAAAACUGUGGAGAAUAAAAUUGAAAACACCCUUCUCUCUGUCAUGUGAUCGCAGUAUGGCAGAGACACACCCCACAGCCUUUAGCCCUUGGGACUCAACUUGGGUAAUCUCAUUUUACUUCCCAUUUCCAAACCCUAAAAUAAUUCCCCCCAUCAAAACCCCUUUCUCUCUCCCAUUCAUUUCCUUCAUCAUAUGUAACACUAACACACCCCCACACAAGAAGAAAUCGCUAUGGCCUCAGCUUGUGUAAACAACUUGGGCAUGUCCCCUGAAAAUUUCCCUCCCAAAACUUACCAAUCUUAUGGCUGGUUAAGCCCAAGAAUCUCUUUCAGCCGUGAAGAGGAUAGCAAUAACACAACCACCUCUAAAACCACCACCACCAAAUCAUCAUCAUCAUCAGCUCCUCUACAGUCACUAGAUCCACUGGAGAGCCUGGAUUCUGGAGACUUUGAGUUCCGAUUGGACAACUCCAUCACAAUGCUUCCAGCAGACGAGCUGUUUUCUGAUGGGAAAUUAAUGCCACUACAAGUCAAUACUGGUAACAUCAGACCAUCUUUGUCAUCCUCUACCUCUACGUUGACCGAGGGGAUAAGGUCGCCGGAGCCGGGGAGGGAGCCGGUGAAGUGUUGCCGGAGAUUGGAGAUGGAAAUUUCCGGGGCUGAUCCUUACUUGUUUUCCCCCAAAGCUCCCAGAUGUUCGAGCCGGUGGAAGGAGUUUCUGGGGUUGAAAAAAUUACACCAAAACCCUAAAUCCGAAAAAUCAACGACGAGUGCGUUAUUGUUUUCUUCCUCGUCGUCCUCGAAUUCCAAGUCCUUGAAACAUUUCCUGCACAGGAACUCGAAAACGUGCAGUUGCAACACCUCAUCCUCGAACUCCUCCUUCUCCUACACCAUACUAGAUCAUUCAUUGAGUCUCCCAUUGCUAAGAGAUUUGGAUCGCGAAUCCCUCUCCAUAUCUUCUCGCUUAUCGCUGUCCUCUUCAUCUUCAUCCCAUGAACAUGAAGAUCUCCCAAGAUUAUCCCUCGAUUCGGACAAACCAAACACCGGCCUCAACACAAUGCAAAACCCAGGUCCGAAUCCAUUCAUUCUCAAUCGCAACCCGAACCAAAACCAAAACCAAAACCCACCAAGAAUGAGAAUGGUGAAGCCAAGAUCAGAGAAUGGAAACAGCAACAAUGGCACCUCUUCGACUAGAGUAGGAAGGAGUCCAAUGCGGAGGUCUGCAGGGGAAUCAAGUGAGGUUUCAAUAAGCAGAGGGGUUUCAGUGGAUAGUCCAAGGAUGAACUCGUCAGGGAAAAUAGUGUUUCAAAGCUUGGAAAGAAGUUCAAGUAGUCCAAGUAGUUUUAAUGGAGGACCAAGAUAUAAGCAAAGAGGAAUGGAAAGAUCUUAUUCAGCUAAUGUUAGAGUUACUCCAGUUCUUAAUGUUCCUGUUUGUUCACUUAGAGGUAGUUCAAAGUCAGGCUCUGUUUUUGGGUUUGGUCAGUUGUUUUCUUCUUCACCACAAAAAAGAGAUGGCAUUAACAAAGGGUAUCAGCAGCAGCAGCAGCAGAAUAUUAAUAGCAGCAGCGGCAGGAACAGGUCUGAUAGAGUCUAACAGAGAAGAGAGGGAGAGAGAGUAGGGUAACAACAGCAACAUUUUAGUGUUUGAUUGUUGAUUUUGUGCUUUUUUUAAAAAAAAAAAAUUUAUGUUAUUAUUAGUUUGUUUUAAGAGGAAAAACAAAUUGAUUACAACUUGACAGUGAUGUUUCAGGUGUUUUGUAUAUAUGAGGGGGUUUCUUUUUGUUCU